CGCAACGAGGGACAAGUUCAACAACUACAUUGCACGAUUAUUAAUAAUGAAGGUCUCAGCCAGAACCUACCAUGGGCAACAUUGGAAUGAGUAUCGACCCUGAUCAACAAAAUAAUAGAUAUAUUUAUUACGGUUGUGAGUGAGUGCCAUGCCCAGUAACAAAGGGCGAGUCUAGGAUGUGUCGAGACGGGAUGAGAUCAUGAGACUAGGCCUCUGCUUUAAAUGGUGCUGUGGCACCUGCGCUCACAGCACGAGCGACUGCCCCACCAACUAAGCUUUCCCGAUGCUCUGGACAGAACAACUUUACUUUAUGACAACCUAGGUUUUCGUGCAAUAUCUCUUCGAUCAUCCUCCAACAAACUUGACACAAAAUGGACCAGUGGAUGCUGGAAUCCUUGCAAGAUUACCUCCCCGAGACUCUCCUCCAGCUCGUACACGACCAUGUCCUGCGCCCCGACGCGCGCCUCCAAACCCUCAAGCAACAGACCACCGCCCUCGCCCGCCGCGCCGCCGACGCCAUGUGGCCCGUCCUCGGCCCCGCGCUCGACCGCCUGACGCGCGCGCUGCACGACAGCCCGGACCUCGUCGUGCUCGGCUUCUUCGUCCUCGUCCUCGUCCUCGUCGUCCAGCUGCUGAGCUGGCUGUCGCGCGCCAUGCUGUUCUGGACCCGCCUCGCCCUCCGCGUCCUCUUCUGGUCCGCCGUCGCCGCCGUCGCCGCCGUCGUGUGGCAGAGGGGCAUCGGCAGGACGGUCGGCGACGUCGUGGAUGUCGGCGGGAAGCUCGUGGGGUAUGCUGUCGUCGUGAAGGAUAUCUGGGUGCGGGAGUAUCACAAGUACGACGCCCAGGCGAAGGGACGUGGCCCUCCUGGUUCUAAGUUUGGGAGCGGGAGAGGAAGAUGAGGGAGGAGUUCUUGGACCAGGAAAAGGCGUUCGUGUGUGGGAAUGGGAGUGGGAUUGGUAUAUUUCACCCCCAUGGGGACUUUGGAGGGCGACUAUGCGUACAGCCGACAACCCAAACUCGGGAAUCGGGAUACAGGU